AUGCGUAUCGCUGCUGCUGUUGCCGUGCUCAGCGCCGGUGCCAUCACCAGCGCCCAGCUAUCCAAUAUCCCAACAUGUUCUGCGGGCCUCGUGGAACAGGUUGUGCCCUGCGUCAAACAAGCCUGUGAUGUCGGGGACCAACUAGCCCUUUCCAAAGUUGUCGCAUCCUUGUGCUCUGGGGCUGGACACCCAGUCUCUAUCCCACCGGUGGACUCAUCAGCUCCCAUCUCGACCUCUGCGGGAAGUGUUCCCACCACGGUGGGCAGCUCCUAUUCUACCACGGUGAGCGGUCUGGGUAACAGCCCUCAGACUUCGUCUGAGGCCUCUAUGACUUCGACUAUACGUUCCACGACCUUGGCCACGGUCAACACUGAGUCGCCUUCAAGCACUUCCCUGUCUAACGGGGCCUCUGGUAUUGGAUACGGAGCUGCUCAGUAUCUUCUUUGGACCGAUCUAUCUCAAGGGUGCAUUUCUUCCCUAAUUUCUGUCUCAAACUACACCCUAGAGCUUCUCAAGUUGAGUUAUAAUCCAUAG